AUGGCACCUCAUGGCAAAGAACUCUCUGAGAAUCUGAAAAAAAGAAUUGUUGCUCUACAGAAAGAUGGCCUAGACUAUAAGAAGAUUGCCAAGACCCUAAAACUGAGCUGCAGCACGGUGGCCAAGACCAUACAGCAGUUUAACAGGACAGGUUCCACUCAGAACAGGCCUCGCCAUGGUCGACCAAAGAAGUUGUGUGCACGUGCUCAGCGUCAUAUCCAGAGGUUGUCUUUGGGAAAUAGACGUAUAAGUGCUGCCAGCAUUGCUGCAAAGGUUGAAAGGGUGGGGGGAGGGGUCAGCCUGUCAGUGCUCAGACCAGAUGCUGGAUUAUUGGAACCAUGUCAUAUGUUCUGAUGAGACCAAGAGAAACUUAUUUGGUUCAGAUGGUGUCAAGCGUGUGUGGCAGCAACCAGGUCAGGAGUACAAAAACAAGUGUGUCUUGCCUACAGUCAAGCAUGGUGGUGUGAGUGUCAUGAUCUGGGGAUACAUGA